GACUUAUAUAUAUAAAAGUCACAUUGAAGGGUCUACAGCUCAAUUUAUCAGCCUUCUCAGGUUUACUCAACUUUGAGAAAGCAUCAGCUGCUAAUACGUUUGAAAGAAGAUCGUAUCCUAAGACGUGUGUUAAUAUGAUGUCUGCAAAAGACAUGGUUAAGGUAAUGAUUGUCAUGUUUGCCAUCUGUUUUCUUGCAAGAUCAGAUGGGAAGUCUGUUAAGAAGAGAGCUGUGAGUGAAAUACAGUUUAUGCAUAACCUGGGCAAACACCUGAGCUCCAUGGAAAGAGUGGAAUGGCUGCGGAAAAAGCUACAGGAUGUGCACAACUUUGUUGCCCUUGGAGCUUCUAUAGCUUACAGAGAUGGUAGUUCCCAGAGACCUCGAAAAAAGGAAGACAAUGUCCUGGUUGAGAGCCAUCAAAAAAGUCUUGGAGAAGCAGACAAAGCUGAUGUGGAUGUAUUAAUUAAAGCUAAACCCCAGUGA